CUGAACCGUCUCUGGUUCCUAGCCUUUGCUCUAUUGAUGUCCAGCAGCUGCCUCCAUUCGGUACUUCCCCUACGUCACGUGGACAGCCGACGAUGCGGACCCGGAAAUAACCAGCGCCUGGCCUUUCAAAUUUGAGGUGGCAUAUGGUCGCUCCUCAUUGGCUGGGACUCGAUGACGAUUCAGAUCACAGGUACCGCCCCCUCUCGCUGAUAAACAACUUUUUGAUCGCAGCAGACUAGGAAGACAAACAAGGUAGCGGCAGAUCAUCCGUGCGGGAAUAACAGCAACCUCCCAGGCAGAUCACCGGCUGGAAACAAGACUUAAAGAAUGAUCGGAAAGAUUCUUUCUCAGCUGCUCUGGAACACCGGAGAAGCCUUUGAGGCAGCAGGUGACACCAAUGAGGAGCUCCUGGAGUUUGAAGAGGAGGAAUGGGUCAUUGUUAACAUCCCAGAGAGCAGACCCAUGCCAGCUCCACAUGUGGACCCUCUUGAGAACCUGCUGAUCGAGCACCCCAGCAUGUCCGUCUACCAGAUGAGAUGCAGGAUGGGGGGAGCAGAGGAGGAGGAGGAGGAGCUAGCUUCUGAUGAAGAGGAAACCUCCAGACCCGUGGCUGUGAGACGUCACAUUUCCUGGCAUCUGGCCGCCUGGGGGAAUCCUCUGCCGUGUCUGCUGGCCGUGCAGAGGUCCAGGAGCCAGGCUGAAAGAAAGAAGCUUGGCCGCAGCAUCCUUCAAAGGCAGAACAUGACUAAGACUCAGUUCUCACCAAAGGACAAAAGAUACGGAAAUUUAAGAUGCCCUUCCCCACGCCUGUACAACUACUGAAGUGGAGCGAUCAACUUUGAGAGGAUGUGUGGGCAACGAGGCACUCUGACCUCCGCCCAAUGAUCAGCGCUGUCUGGUGGCACCAAAUGACUCAGGUUUCCACCUCAUCCCACUCUACAUACACUGCAUCACUUCAUUUAAGGUUCACUGUCUCAAAGAUGAAGUCGUUGAUCUUUGCUCUGACCCUCUGCACUGGUGCCAUCGGGUCUCAAACCACCCAAAACUAUUAACCUCAACCUGAAAACGUGCAGUCGGAACGCAUCUUUAGCUUUUCCAUGAUGCGUUAUCAAUGUCAGUUAUCUAGUACCAGCAGCUGUUUGCUUGACUUGUGUGAUGAUGGACAACAAUGUGUUGUAUUAUAUCUGUAUCUUGACAAAAAAUGUGGGUUUAUGUAUGUUGCUUUUACUGGUAGAGCUUGUGAAAGUGGAUUAUUGUGGAUUGCAGUGGGAUUGGUGCUGUGUGUUUUUGCUUGUAUUGCUUGUAUUAACCUGUAAAGUAUUCAUGUAAAAGAAAAAAAAACAUUAAAAUGAAUAAAUGCUUUUAUACUUUUUGA